CUCCCUUUGAUAGAUUAUUACUGCUUUUAUUUGCUGUUUUGACUCUGCACGUCUGUGAUCAUGCGAUAACCAAGCUCAUACAUUGUCACAAUGUCGACAUCACAUCCCCAUAUCUCCAACACAGUUUCCUCAUCGUGGUGGCGACCCUGAUUCGGUCAUAACAUGGGCUGGAUCACCACCGUCGGAGGCACCCUACUCGUUGGAUUUUUGGUCUACAAGUUCCUACUACAGGACACGUCCAACGACCCGCAACGAGACUCCAAAGACACUUUUGAGGCUCUACCAUCGAAACCCAACCAUGCGCAGGCCCAGAUCGUCGUUUCGACCACCGAUGCCCAAGCCGAACUCGACAACAGCACCAUAUCAGAACCUCCCAUUAAAUUAAACCUUCCACCCAGUGAUUCCUCUUCGGUGGAGGAACCAGUUCGACCCGUGUCUAAUACACCAGUGAAAGAGGAGGUCCCAAAACAGGUCCCAAAUUUACAACUGCCAGUGAUGGCACCCCCACCCCCUCCACCACCCAGCACCAACAAGACGUCCUCCCCGCCACGACUGAAUCCUCCGGCCUCGUUUGGGUCCAUGGCUGCUCCGCCUCGUCCUGGCAACGGAUUCGUGCGUCCUCCACCUUCUGCCGCAGCAUCUUUAAGAGUUCCGCCUCAAAAAGCCCUGCUAAACACUUCCAUGGCGCCGACCUCGUCCAUCAUGCCACCGGGCAAACAGGUUUCUCGCAAAGUCAUCCUCGAACCCGGUCAUUCUCCACUCGACUGGGCUGCUUUGACCAACGACCCGACAGCGCAAUUACGUGGCAAAGAUGCACCACCUAACCUGAUUCGCGUAACACCGGCCCAGCUGAAGCACCAAAAUGGAAGGAAAGGCAGAGAUGCGUGGACUGUAUAUCACGGCAAAGUAUACAAUAUCACGCCCUAUCUUCCCUUCCAUCCUGGUGGAGUUGGUGAAAUUAUGCGUGGCGCUGGCAAGGACUCGGUCAAGUUGUUCAUGGAGGUUCACCCUUGGGUCAACUGGGAGGGCAUGCUCUCUGAGUGCCUUGUGGGCAUUUUCGUCUCAGAGGAGGAUGAGAGUUCUACCGAUCUGGAUGGAAUGGACUGAGCAGAGAGCCUGGAAUGGUUGCAUCUCGACGGUAACGAACUUUAUACAUGUACAGCAUUCAAGGGAAGGCCUAUGAUACCCUAUAGAAAGGUAAAUCUAGACGACAGUCUGAGAAGAGGCAGACGUUUGGUGGCCAUCACCAAGCGAUAGACUCGGCCUUUAUUGGCUUCGAGUACCCGAAAGCAGACGGAUACUAUCAUUAGCAGUCGGUGUGUCAAGUAUCUUUAUUUUGUCCCAUUUUAUGUCAUGUCUAUUUGGGUGUGGGUGUUAUCAACCCAGCUGGGAAUGGAUUCCUGCGGCUAUACCACGGCGAUUCUAGCUGGCGAGAACAGACCGUGUCGUUCCAUGGCAUGGCAUGGCAUAGCAUGCUGUAAAUCACCAUAAGUCGAAUGAAAGUUUUACAAUU